GAAAAGUAUGAGGAAAAGACUUGCAAAACUAGACAACGAUAUCCGUGAAAAAUACACCUCUCCUUUGACCUGCUAUGGCUCUAACAUUGUGUGUAAUAGGUGCCUCCGGAUUUUUGGGGUCCCAUGUGGUGGCUCAGGCUUUGGCCAAAGGCCACAAGGUUCGAGCUGUUAUGAGGAAUCCCGAUGAUGUCACCAAAACCAGUUGGCUGAUGAAGCUUUACAAAGCAGAAGGUAAUCUCACUUUCCAUGCCGGAGAUCUGGAUCAAUUGGGCUCUUUUGACGAGGCCAUCAAGGGAUCCGAGGCCGUCGUGGUGUGUGCUUUCCCUGAAACUCCGAGUGAACCCAAGCUCAUCGAGACUGUAAGAGGUGGUGCUUUGCAUAUUUUGAAGUCCUGUACGGAUCAUGGAGUCAAAACCAUUGUCUUGACCAGCAGUGGAGGAUCUACCAACCCUAAAGAGGGUGAGCCACCGGUCAAGAAUGAGAUGGAUCAUUGGUCUGAUCCGGACUAUCAGAUAUCUCAAGGGAAAUACUCGCCUGCGGCCAAGACGUUGAUGGAUCAAGCAGCUCUUCAAUAUGGGAAAGAUCACCCAGAAUUGCGAGUGGUUGUGUUGAACCCAAAUUUGAUCAUGGGUCCCAUGUUCCAACCGGAUUUGCCUGCAAAAGGAUCCCUUAAUAUGCUUUUGUCGAUCCUUAAGCGUGAACGACUGGACAAAAUUCCCAACGGUUCCAUGUCCAUCAUCGAUGUUCGAGAUUUGGCUGCUUUGGAAUUAGCCGCAGUGGAAAAUCCACAUGCUGCUGGACGAUAUUUUGGAGUGCUGAGGAGCUUCCAUUGGAAAGAAAUCAUGGAAGCCAUUCAUGAGGUACACCCUGAAUUUGAGGUGCCUCCUGUGGGUUACGAAGGGGACGACGUUAGACCCACUCAAUUUGAUCACUCGCGCAAAGAGAGUUUGGGUGUAAAGCUUCGAGAUUUAAAGACCAUUCUCCACGACGCUAUCAACGAUCUAAAGGCACGGAAAUUGUUGUGAGGGAGUUUCAUGUUUUUUGAAUAAAAGAAAACCAUGGUGCAUUUUA